CACCAACGCAUAAUUUCUCUUGACUUUUCUCUUCUGCUUCCCCUUUUCUUCCAUUUCAAGCUGCUUUCAUUUCUCUGAUUUCUUAAAUUAGCUUCGAAUUCCUAAAUUUUUCGCCUCAGGUUUUAUUCAAUUGUCGGUGCUCGCUUUGCCCCCCCUUCUCAUAAAAUUCUCCAUCUCUGUUUUGUUGAGAUCAGUUUAAGGAUCUAGAUCUGCUACUAUAGUUUACUCUCGAAUUAUCCCCCCGGAUUUGAAGGGGAGUUGGUUGAAUGUCUUCUCUCAGUAGAGAACUGGUGUUCUUGAUCUUACAGUUCCUAGAUGAAGAAAAGUUCAAAGAGACCGUUCACAAGCUUGAGCAAGAAUCUGGGUUCUUCUUUAACAUGAAAUAUUUUGAAGAUGAAGUUCACAAUGGGAACUGGGCGGACGUUGAAAAAUACCUCUCUGGUUUCACUAAAGUAGACGACAAUCGCUAUUCAAUGAAGAUCUUUUUUGAGAUUAGGAAGCAGAAGUACCUUGAAGCAUUGGAUACGCACGAUCGGUCCAAGGCUGUUGAGAUCCUCGUAAAAGAUCUAAAAGUAUUUGCAUCAUUUAAUGAAGAGCUUUUCAAAGAGAUAACUCAGCUGUUGACAUUAGAAAAUUUCAGGGAGAAUGAACAGCUAUCAAAGUAUGGAGAUACAAAAUCUGCACGAGCCAUUAUGCUUGUUGAGCUGAAGAAGCUUAUUGAGGCAAAUCCAUUGUUUCGUGAUAAAUUACAGUUUCCGAACCUUAAGAACUCAAGACUGCGAACACUAAUCAAUCAAAGCUUAAAUUGGCAGCACCAACUUUGUAAAACUCCAAGGCCGAAUCCAGAUAUUAAAACACUUUUUGUUGAUCACUCAUGUGGACAACCAAAUGGUGCACGCGCACCCUCUCCAGUAAACAAUCCACUGCUCGGAGGAGCAGUUCCAAAACCGGGUGGCUUUCCUCCGUUGGGUUCACAUUUGCCCUUCCAAACUACUCCAGCCCAAGUUCCAACACCCCUCGCAGGUUGGAUGUCUAAUCCACCUACUGCAGCUCAUCCGCCUGUCUCUGGUGGACCUAUAGGUCUUGGUGGCCCGCCUAUUCCAGCUUCCCUUAAACAUCCUAGGACUCCGCCAACAAAUUCCUCUGUUGAUUUUCUUGGUGAUUCUGAACAUCCUAGUAAAAGAAUCAGACCUUUGGGAAAUGAUGAGGUGAAUCUUCCUGUGUCAUUCCCUGGGCAUGCACAUACCCAGGCUUUCAAUGCACAAGAUGACCUGCCCAAGACAGUUGCACGUACUUUGAACCAAGGAUCAUCUCCUAUGAGCAUGGAUUUUCAUCCUAUCCAAAAGACUCUACUUCUAGUUGGAACUAAUGUGGGAGAUAUUGGGCUGUGGGAGGUUGGUUCGAGAGAGAGGCUAGUUCAAAGAAACUUCAAAGUGUGGGAUCUGACUGCUUGUACAAUGCCUUUACAGGCUGGUCUGGUGAAAGAUCCUGCCGUCUCAGUGAAUCGCGUGAUUUGGAGCCCAGAUGGGUCUUUGUUUGGAGUUGCAUAUUCAAGACACUUGGUACAGAUUUAUUCAUAUCAUGGGAAUGAUGAUGUGCGCCAGCAGUUGGAGAUUGAUGCUCAUGUUGGCGGAGUAAAUGAUAUUGCAUUCUCACAUCCCAAUAAGCAGCUUUCUGUGAUAACCUGUGGAGAUGACAAGCUAAUCAAGGUUUGGGAUGCCAAAACUGGUGCCAAACAAUACACUUUUGAAGGUCACGAGGCCCCUGUAUAUUCAGUGUGUCCUCACCACAAGGAGAAUAUUCAGUUUAUCUUUUCUACAGCAUUAGAUGGAAAGAUUAAGGCGUGGUUAUAUGACAAUUUGGGAUCUCGAGUAGACUAUGAUGCUCCUGGUCGUUGGUGUACAACCAUGGCCUACAGUGCUGAUGGUUCAAGGCUUUUCUCUUGUGGGACCAGUAAAGAUGGAGAGUCGCACAUUGUUGAAUGGAAUGAAAGUGAAGGAGCUGUGAAAAUAACAUAUCAAGGUUUCCGAAAACGAUCAUUGGGGGUCGUGCAGUUUGAUACUACUAAAAAUAGAUUUUUGGCAGCUGGUGACGACUUUUCUGUCAAAUUCUGGGAUAUGGACAAUACUCAACUUUUGACUAGUAGUGAUGCUGAUGGAGGUCUUCUUGCAAGUCCACGCAUCCGGUUCAAUACAGAUGGGACCUUGUUGGCUGUUUCUGCUAACGAAAAUGGAAUCAAAAUUUUAGCAAAUCCAGAGGGUCUUCGAUUACUACGUAAUUAUGAAAGCCUUGCUUUUGAUGCCUCAAGGGCUUCUGAAGCUGCAAAGCCCACUGUCAAUCCAAUAUCUUCUGCGGCGGCUACUAGUGCUGGACUAACGGACAGGGUGGGCUCAGUUGCUGGCCUCUCCACUAUGAAUGGGGAUACAAGAAAUCUUGGAGAUGUGAAACCUAGAAUAACAGAAGAAACGAAUGACAAAUCAAAGAUUUGGAAGCUCAGUGAAAUUAAUGAACCAUCUCAGUGCCGAGCCCUGAAGCUCCCAGAGAACUUAAGAGUAACAAAGAUAUCUAGGUUAAUAUAUACAAAUUCUGGUGGUGCCAUACUGGCAUUGGCUUCAAAUGCAAUCCAUUUACUCUGGAAAUGGCAGCGGAGUGACCGUAAUUCGAGUGGAAAAGCAACUGCCACUAUUUCACCACAAUUAUGGCAACCAUCAAGUGGCAUUUUGAUGACCAAUGAUGCGGCCGACACAAACCCUGAUGAAGCCGUUUCUUGCUUUGCUUUAUCAAAGAAUGAUUCUUAUGUAAUGUCAGCAUCUGGAGGAAAGAUAUCUUUGUUCAAUAUGAUGACUUUCAAGACAAUGACAACCUUCAUGCCUCCACCACCUGCAGCAACAUUUUUAGCAUUUCAUCCUCAGGAUAACAAUAUAAUUGCGAUCGGGAUGGAUGAUUCUACGAUUCAGAUAUAUAAUGUCCGAGUAGAUGAGGUCAAAAGCAAGCUUAAAGGUCACUCUAAAAGAAUUACAGGACUUGCCUUCUCAAAUGUUUUAAAUGUCCUAGUUUCAUCAGGAGCCGAUGCUCAGAUUUGUGUGUGGAGUUCUGAUGGAUGGGAAAAGCAGAAAUCGAGAUUUUUGCAACUACCUCCUGAGAGGUCACUGACAGCACAGUCAGAAACACGUGUACAGUUUCAUCAGGACCAGAUUCAUUUUCUGGUUGUACAUGAGACUCAGCUCGCCAUAUUUGAAACAACGAAAUUAACAUGCAUGAAACAGUGGACACCACGAGAAUCUGCUGCCUCGAUAUCACAUGCGACGUUUUCCUGUGAUAGCCAGCUGGUAUAUGCAAGUUUUCUUGAUGGAACGGUGUGCAUAUUCACUGCUGGGCACCUUCGUUUGAGAUGCCGCAUUAAUCCUUCCUCUUAUCUUCCCUCAAGUGUCAGCAGUUCAAAUGUGCACCCUCUUGUGAUUGCUGCACAUCCACACGAGCCAAAUCAGUUUGCGUUGGGUCUCUCAGACGGUUCAGUUCAUGUUUUUGAACCACUUGAAUCCGAAGGUAAAUGGGGUGUGCCACCACCGGCUGAAAAUGGGUCUACAAGCAGCGUACCAACCACUCCUUUAGUCGGGGGAUCGUCCCAAGAUCAAGCACAAAGGUGAUAUCCAGAAAUUAGACAUGUUACAAAUCGCAGUAGGCAACGUUGCAUUUUCAACUCUCACCGUAUAACUUUGUCUUGGGGUUUGGUGGAGAAUGACAUUGAGGUUAACAUAACUGUACAUUAGUAUUCUGGCACUCCAUAACGCAUUCAUCUUCUUCUUCUUAGGAGCUGGUUAUGUAAGUAACUCACACCUUUGGCUCAUACAUGCCAAUCUAAUUUGCCACAUUUUGGGUAAAACAUAAGUAUGAUGUAAGAUGAAAGGCUUUUUGAUGUACUAUUGGUAUUCUAGACUAGUAGACAAAUUCAUUUUGUUGUUAGCCAUCUCUCUUGUUCAAGAUAAAUUUCUGCUUGGUUUAGCUGCUUCACCCAGUGAUGAAAUACAUUUGUCUGUUUAUUCA